UAUCCGGGGGAUAUCGUUCUGCUGCUCUAGCUCUCCUGUCUAUUUCACCCUCUCCCUCUUCCUGCGGAUUGACAUAAUACAGUAGAAAAAAGCAAAACAAAACAUUAUAGGCAAAAAAUGGCGGAGCUCGGAGCGGGGAGCCUUCAAGUAGGGGACCCUGCAUUUAAUUACCAGGAGCGAGAGUUUAACGAGCGAUUGAAGCGGCUCUACCCGGCCGUGAAUGAGGAAGAGACCCCCUUACCCCGAUCGUGGAGCCCCAAGGAUAAAUACAGCUACAUCGGGCUCUCACAGAACAAUCUGCGGGUUCAUUACAAAGGUCAUGGGAAGAACCACAAGGACGCGGCGUCGGUGCGAGCCGCCCAUCCCCAUCCCGGCAGCGCGGGGAUUUACUACUUUGAAGUGAAAAUCGUCAGCAAAGGAAGGGAUGGGUAUAUGGGCAUUGGCUUGUCGGCUCAGGGGGUCAACAUGAACAGACUGCCUGGCUGGGACAAGCACUCGUAUGGUUACCACGGCGACGACGGACACUCCUUCUGUUCUUCAGGAACCGGCCAACCAUACGGCCCCACUUUCACGACGGGCGAUGUGAUUGGCUGCUGCGUGAACCUCAUCAACAACACCUGUUUCUACACAAAGAAUGGCCACAGUUUAGGUGUGGCCUUCACCGACCUUCCUCCCAACCUGUACCCCACAGUGGGCCUUCAGACCCCCGGGGAGAUCGUGGAUGCUAACUUCGGGCAGCACCCGUUCGUCUUCGACAUCGAGGACUACAUGAGCGAGUGGAGGGCCAAGAUCCACAGCAUGAUCGCACGCUUCCCCGUCGGGGAGAGGCUGGGCGAGUGGCAGGCCGUGCUGCACAAUAUGGUGUCCAGCUACCUGGUGCAUCAUGGGUACUGUGCCACUGCCAUGGCCUUCGCCCGAACAACGGAGACCAUAAUCCAGGAGGAGCAGAGUUCUAUAAAGAACAGACAGAGAAUACAGAAGCUGGUGUUAGCGGGCCGGCUCGGCGAAGCGAUUGACGCCACGCAGGAGUUAUACCCUGGACUGCUAGAACGCAACCCCAACUUACUCUUCAUGUUGAAGUGCCGGCAGUUUGUGGAGAUGGUGAACGGUACAGACAGCGAGGUCCGCUGCUUUGGUACGCGCUCCCCCAAGUCCCAGAACAGCUACCCCAGCUCCCCCAGCCUAAGUCCCCGGCACGGAGCCACCAACCCACACUUGCACAGCACAGACAGCCCUACCUGCAGCAAUGGCGUACCCAGCAAGAACAAGAGCCACAGCAAAUACCCCGGCGUCAGCUCAGCCUCCUCUUCCUCCUCCUCUUCCCCCUCCUCCGUCAACUACUCUGAGUCCAACUCCACCGACUCCACAAAGUCCCAAGCUCACAGCACCAGCAAUCAAGAGACCAGCGACAGCGAGAUGGAGAUCGAGGCCGAGCACUACACCAACGGCCUGGCCGACGCCUCAUCUGCACGGAUCGUCAAUGGCACCUAUAAGCAUGAGGAGAUCCUGCAGACAGACGGGCACGGCCUGGGAAACGGCCUGGCAGAGGACGGCAGCGCCUCCAGGCAGCUCUGCGGGGGGAACCUGGCUGCAACCGAGCGGAUGAUCCAGUUCGGCCGCGAGUUGCAGGCGCUGAAUGAGCAGCUGUGCCAGGAUUACGGCAAGAACCCCACACACAAGAAGAUGCUGCAGGAUGCAUUUAGCCUGUUAGCCUACGCAGACCCCUGGAAUUGCCCAGUUGGGCAGCAGCUGGACCCCACGCAGAGGGAGUCGAUCUGCUCUGCCCUCAACAGCGCCAUUCUUGAGUCUCAGAACCUGCCGAAACAGCCCCCCCUGAUGUUGGCGCUGGCCCAGGCCAACGAGUGCGUCCAGUUGAUGGCCCGGGUCCGUGCUGGGUCCUGCUCCUUCGCCAGAAUCGACAGCUUUUUGCACUAGCCCCAGCCACAGCACUGUACAGGACAGCUGAGAAAGAGGACUUUCCACUCCUUGGCCAUCGUGACAUAGGACAGCAUGAAUUUCAGUUGGUGUGCCGUUUGACAACCGGUGGAUGUUUUGGGGGGGGGCGUCGGGGGGUGUGGGUUAAUAAUACAGUACAUGAAAAAGGCUUCUUUUUAAAUUUAGUAUUAUCAAAUACAGAUUGUGUGACACUAUUUAAACAUUAUUAUUAUUCUGUUCAUCUAGUUUUUUUUUUAGUUUUUAUUUUGUCAUUCAUUGUGCUCAUCUUGGAAACUUCUAGUUCCUUUUGUUUUUUAAGGGCAGAAUCAAAUUCCUUGCAUACAAUUUAAAAUUUGUGUAUGCCGUAUUAAUUAUAUUGUUAAUAAGAUAAAGACAUCAUUGUAAUUAAGUGAAGUCCUUUUGGUUUCUCUCACCCAGAACUCAGGUACAUGAAACGCAUAUUUAAUUUCAGCAUGGAAUGUUCUAGAAGCUCAUUUUGUCUUACCAGCAGUACAGUGACUCUGUGGUGUGCCUGAUUUUUAGCUCUUUUACCAGAUAUUUGGGAUUGUGAUAAACUGAAAUCAUUGCGGCAGUGGUGCCUGGAGAGUCGUUGCCCCACGGCCGCCAGUCAGCGACUCUGCAUGGCUGGGAGUCCACACUCCCUCUUGUCGGCGCCUUGCUGGCUCUCUCGGGGGUGCCAGACCAGGGCCUCCCAGCACACCACGACUCUGUCUAGGUCCCGCACGCCGCACUCUUGGACCUUGCGAAAGGGUUCAAUGAUAUUUGGAAAGCGAUUGCAAUGACAGACGCGAUGGGCUGACUUCACCGUCACUUCCUGACUAGUAUAUAUUCUCCCGGGAUAAGCCGCUGGUAUCUCCGUGAGUGUGUCUCUCUUGCGGAUGACCUUCUGACCCCUGACCAUAAUUACACUGGUUGCUAACCUGGGAUGACAUCAUUACAUGUAAAAAUGAAGAAUUUGUUUUCGUUUUUUGGUUAAUACUAAAGAAUAGAAGUCGCCCCUUUAUACUUGAAAUAAAGGAUUUUUAGAGAGACGAAACUCUGGCCACAGGAUGCUGGUGAUGCAUGCUGGGAAACUUCAGUCAUCCAUCAUCCUGUGGGGACCUGUUGAUUUUUUUUUAAAUGUAGGACACAAUGUUCAUUUCUACUCUUUCUAUUUCCUAAAUAUUGAAAUAAGGUCAAGGAUCAGGUUUACUAACAUGCCAAAUAUCGCUGUUCAUUUAAAGACUGUGAUGACUGUUUUUUAACAUCUUAUCCAUUUAUCUAGCCUGUCUAGAUGGGCUUCAAAUUUUGAAGAUUAACAGUGAUUUUCUUUCAUAUAUAUGUAUAUAUAUAUGAAACUGAGUUUGUGUAACUAGGUCAUAAUGUUAUAGCAUUCUGCAUUUUGCGCUGUUACCGUUUUAAAUGUAGAUAUAGCAUUACUAGACCUGAAUACAGCUGUCAUACAUGAAUCUGACAGCCGCGUCGGGACGAAGUAAAGCUUUUCAUUUUUGACAGGAAGCAGGUUGCUGUAGUCAGUAGGCUUCACCCUCAUCCUCGUAUACGGAUUCUAUGUUCGUGGUUUCUGCAGUCCACCUGUGGAUCGCUGAACACCGAACCCGCAGGAACAGGUCACCAAUCAGACGCUUUCCUUUAGGUUUUAUUGAGUCCUUUCGUCUCACAGUUGUUGAUUCUCCAUGUCCCUUGCUAGAGCUCUCUCGUCUCCUGUUUUGUGUCGCCUGACUCCUCUAAUAUGACUGUCUUGACGUUUCAGUGUUUGAUCUUAUGAAAUGAGGGUAUUAUUGGGUAUUAUACCAAGUUUUCACCUGAGCUUCGACUAAGGGCCCCUGAUUUUUUUAAUUCAGACAUUUUAAUCCAUUGCCCGACCCCAGUUCUCCUGUAAGCUGUACGCCCCCCCCCCCCAAAUCCCAGUGCAAGGGAGGAUCUAUCUUACUUGGUGAUUCCGUAUCUGGUGCCGUCAUCUCUGUUUGCCGUGGAAUGUUUGCUGUGUGAAACCUUGGCACAUGGCCACAUCCUUCACCCCAAUCUAUGCCCCCCCACCCCUGUCACACACUGUCAGUGUGACUGUACCCCCCUCAUGGUCAAAGCGAUGCCAAGCCCUCCUUCAUUCCCUGAUAUUGUGCGUCUUGACGUAGCUAAAGUCCUUCCUCCAUCUCUACCAAAAAGACGUUUGUACUGUAGCGCCACCCCCACCCCUUCUGUUUCGGUAAACAGAACCCCUCCCAGGUCGAGGACCGUUUUUCCCCGACACCUUAGUCCAGCUUUGUGGCGAAGUCGUGUAUCGGCCUGGACGCAGCUAGCGGCCAUUCAGGCUUAGCGCCUUUCAGGUUCCAUAAAUGACGCGUUUUGGACGCUGCCAGACAGGGAGUGCUCUGCUCCCCCUACAGUUCCUGCUCCUCCAGUGCUUACCGUCGCUCCACCUUAAAGUUAACGUUUAGUUUAAAGGGUCAUCUCCUUUGGGCACAAUCAGGGUAGUCAUUCUUCCACGGCAUCCUCCUAACAUGCGUCCUGGCAGGAUGUCGGGGAGGACAGGGGGCCGUAGGCGUGACCUACAGCUGCUGCAGAACACCCCCGUUCAGCCCGACAGAGUGACCGUUUGCUCAGUGCCUCUUCAGAGUCACACUUCGGGCUUUAGGACAGGUGUCCUUCCGUUAAAUAUGCUCUUGACCUCCUGGGUGAGUUAUAACGUUGGUAUUUUCACAAAGAUGCGAUUAAACGUGAUUUUACGUAUACCUAGCCUACUUGAACUGGUCUGCAUUAAUACAGACCUAAGAACAGAGUGGCAAGAACCUCCCUGCGAGGUUCAUUUUGACGACCGCACAAGUCGGGUCCUGGACCGGCACGAGAAAAACAGGAACGUUUGUCACAACUUUCCAUAUCCUUGAGUGAACCUUUAUAAUUGAGCCAUCUGACAUUUCUGCCAGUUGGGAGCCUUGAAAAGUGCUCUCCAAAACAGAGUCAGGACUCUAACUCCCGAGGGUUUAUGGAGCCCUCAUGCAUAGUCGCAUCAUCCAGCUCAGAGUUCUGGCCUCACCAUCAGCAAAAGGCACCAGGCAAUCAGCCACAAUAAACUGAAGCCCCACUUUUAAAGAUUUAGACAUAGGAAUAAGGUAAUUUAUUAUAAAUAAGUUCACUUCAGAAAGACACCCCACGUGACGUAAGGAAUGGAAUUUAACUGAUCAACUAUUACAAGCUGUGCACAAUUUUAUUUUUAAUUUUACUGAGUUUGACUUUAGCUUUUGUGGCAUAAGUUACCCUCUCUACUUAGCAUGAACGUUUGAAAACCUUUAAAAACUAUUAAGAAAAACAUAACAAUGAAAAAAAAAUCCUACCUAUGUACUGGAAAUAUGGAAAAGAAAUAUUGUAUUCUGUUGUAUUUUGACAGAAUUAUUUUUAUUAAAAGACAUACAUGUGAAAAUCA